CUACCUAGCCCGCUAACUUACGCUAGCUGUGAUACUUUGGACCGUGUCGGUGUCAGUUUUCUGCCUCGUAGCUAGCCUGCGGUCUGAGGAGCCCCGCCACUUUAGGAGCAUGUUUGAGUGACGGGCAAAGGAGGAAGUGGGAUCUCUGACGCUCCGCCCUCUCUGCUGGUGGAGCACCCUGCACAUCUCACCAGAGACCCCUUUAGUCACUCAAACAGGAUGCGGAGGUUCGCCUACUGUAAGGUGGUGUUGGCCACCUCUCUAGUGUGGGUCAUGCUGGACAUGUUCAUUCUGCUCUACUUCAGCGAGUGCAACAAGUGUGACGACAAGAAGGAGAGAGGACUGCCCGGCAGAGACGACACCCUGACGAGGCCGCGGGACGGGCCCGGUGAGGGGGGGAAGCCUGUGGUGAUCCCUAAGGAGAACCAGGAAAAGAUGAAGGAGAUGUUUAAGAUCAACCAGUUCAACCUCAUGGCCUCUGAGAUGAUUGCUCUCAAUCGUUCACUGCCAGACGUCCGCCUGGAAGGGUGCAAGAACAAGUUAUACCCUGAUAACCUUCCUCGUACCAGCGUGGUGAUUGUAUUUCACAACGAGGCAUGGAGCACGCUGCUGCGAACCGUCCACUCCGUUAUUGACCGCUCUCCACACACACUGCUGGAGGAGAUUGUCCUGGUGGACGAUGCCAGUGAGAGAGAUUUCCUAAAGCGACCAUUAGAGCAGUAUGUUAAGAGACUGGAAGUCCCUGUCAAAGUGGUGAGGAUGGAGCAGAGGUCUGGUCUCAUCCGAGCUCGCCUCAAGGGAGCGUCCUUCUCCACUGGCCAGGUCAUAACCUUUCUGGAUGCUCAUUGUGAAUGCACGACAGGGUGGCUCGAGCCUCUGCUUGCCCGAAUCAAGCAAGACAAGAGAACAGUGGUAUGCCCCAUCAUCGAUGUGAUCAGUGAUGAUACAUUCGAGUACAUGGCAGGAUCUGACAUGACAUACGGAGGCUUCAACUGGAAGCUCAACUUCCGCUGGUACCCUGUGCCCCAGAGAGAGAUGGACCGCCGUAAAGGAGACCGCACACUGCCUGUCAGGACUCCCACCAUGGCAGGCGGCUUGUUCUCCAUAGACAGAGAUUAUUUCCAGGAGAUCGGCACAUAUGACGCCGGCAUGGACAUCUGGGGUGGAGAGAACCUGGAAAUCUCUUUUAGAAUCUGGCAGUGCGGGGGAACUCUAGAGAUUGUUACAUGCUCUCACGUGGGUCACGUGUUCAGAAAGGCGACGCCCUACACCUUUCCCGGAGGAACGGGACAGAUCAUCAAUAAAAACAACCGGCGGCUGGCAGAAGUCUGGAUGGAUGAAUUUAAAAACUUCUUCUAUAUCAUUUCACCUGGUGUGACCAAAGUGGACUAUGGUGACAUCACGUCUCGCUCGGCUCUAAGGCAAAAGCUUCAAUGUAAACCCUUCAGCUGGUACUUGGAGAACGUCUACCCUGACUCCCAGAUCCCCAGGCACUAUUAUUCGCUGGGAGAGAUCCGUAAUGUGGAGACCAACCAGUGCCUGGACAACAUGGCUCGCAAAGAGAACGAGAAGGUCGGCAUUUUCAACUGCCACGGCAUGGGAGGCAACCAGGUUUUCUCCUACACGGCUAAUAAGGAGAUCAGGACGGACGACUUGUGUCUAGACGUGUCCAAGCUAAAUGGACCAGUCAUGAUGCUCAAGUGCCAUCACCUCAAAGGCAACCAGCUGUGGGAGUACGACCCUGUGAAGCUGACCCUGAUCCACGUCAACAGUAACCAGUGUCUGGACAAGGCCAGCGAGGAGGACAGCCAGGUGCCCAGCGUCAGAGACUGCACACACACACGCUCCCAACAGUGGCUGCUCCGCAACGUCACACUACCAGAGGUCUUCUGACCACACUCCGCACACUCACAAACACACACACUCACACACACAGCAGCCCAGAGUAAGCAAUCAGGGGAAAGGACGUGUUUGUUAAAAUUGGGCACAGAGAAAGGAAAGACUUCCCACGAGGGGACUCGGGAAGGGAGGAGGACAGAUCGGACGGUACUACCUCUGCCGGAGAUCAGAGGGAGGAGUGUGUUUGACCCUCCUCAGAGCAGGAAGAGAGGAAAGACUCCUUCUAGGAGCCGAUGGCUGUUGUUUUACAUUUGUUUUUUUGUUGUUGUUUUUUUAAAGACUCCUCGUGUGCGUGAAUAUGAGACUGACAGAGGCGAGGUCCUGCACUCACAGCUUCCCUGGACAAAGCAGUCCACCCUUCAACUCAUCAUUUAACGUUUACUGUCUGCCUCUUAAGAGAGUGUGUGUGUGUGCACUUAUUUGUGUUUGAAUGGAUGGAGAUGAAUGUAUGCUUUGAGAAGGGGGCUGAAUUCUUUGUUGAUUUCUUUUUCUUUUUUUAUUUAAUUUUUUGUAAUGGAUUUUAAAAAUGAACUCUGGUGAACUCCUAUGAAGAAGGGUGCAUGUGUAUGUGAUUGUGUGUGUGUGUGUGUGGGGGGGGGUGAGAGAGAGAGAGUCUAUCCUGUGUGCCUGUGUCAGAGCCCCUCCUACAGUCUUGCAGCAGUGUAUGUCUCCCUCUGGUGUUACUCCUCAACAUUUCAUCCUACAGACUGAAGCCUCCUCACCGAGGAAUUCCAAGGGACACAUAAAAAAAGUGAGAGGAGUGAACACGACGUCUGCAUCAGCAGAGAUCUAGAGAUAGAGAAAUAUGAUGUUUGUGAUAUCUUGAGAUUUCUAUGUCCAGUUUUUACAUGGCUUUGUGUGUUUCUACAGUCCUGUGAGAGUGCCACAGAGCAGUAGUCUGUCCAUCUAUGUUGUCUUUAAGAUGUUUAACAUAGAGCUAACACAUGCACACACACAGAGAACUCUGCAUAUGUAACUGAUGCUCACUGCCUAAUGUAGUGUUAAACCAUAGGGAGUUCUCCCAUAAUACACUACAUAAUCUCUCUCUCUCUCUCACACACACACACACACACACACACACACACACACACACACACACAUCCUGUAUACAUAUAGGAAAAAAGGCUGUGCUAGCCUGAUAAUUUAAUCCAUUUUGUCAUAUCUUCUUCUCAAUGACCUCUUAAAAAAAUACACUCCAAGGGCUUCUUUCCUCCAGUGGAGUGUGCGGGUGCGUCAGUUGUGGAUGUGAGCAUGUGUCUUCAAUACUAAUCCCAGUCCCAUCAACCUCCCUGUGUACGUAGAAACAAACAGUUCUCCGAUUCCUCGCUGUUGGACAGCCAGAGCCUGUAGUGUAGACUGACGGCAGAUCAGCGUAUCCCUGCUUCCAUUGUACAAAAGAGCAAAAAGCUGCUUUUAUUUCCUAACAAGAGCCAAGUCCCUGCACUCUCCUGAGGACAUGUACACAGUAGGAAAGAGACUGCAGCUGUUAGAAUAGCAAAUGUCACUGAGGUGUGUUUGGAGACUUAAUCAGGGACAGAAUAAGGAGCGAAAAGGGUCGAACUGUGGAUUACAAAGAGCACAGCAAGCAACAGCAGCAGACAUAUCUUAAUCCAUGACUACAUAUCUCACUCUGCAAGCUCACCUGCAGUAUUUCACAAUGGUUUAAUCAUAUCUGAGCGAGCCAGACGGCUCCACAGUUACAUCAAUGCCUCAUUCUCAUUUCAACCAUCAUGCUUUUUUUCUUCUUUUUUUUCCUUUUUUUAUGUAUCACUCCUGCCACUGCAAGCCAGGGCCGGAGAAGUGAUUUCAUAAUGGAUUUAACUAUUUGGGCUUCCUCCAGUGGAGGAAGGGUUUACACAUAGGACAAGUCAUUGAUUCAUUUUUGUUGUGGGCACAGUCGCGAGAGGAGGCCGUCAACUGGUUUCAUGUCUGUGAGUGACUGUGUGGUGAAGAUGCGAGCGUUUUGACUGUGACAUAGAGGGAGUGUAUCGAUUGUUCUGAUUUUUUUGGGGGGUGGGCAGGGGUGGGGUUUGAAGUUAAUUGACAUGUCCAGGGUUCCACACUGAGCUGAUCCAAAUGUAGACAAAUAAAGGUGAAAAAGUUUACAGAACAUGACAAGGAGAAUGUUGAUUUCUGCAUCCUUUUGUCUGUUAACACACACACACACACACACACACACACACACACACACCUUUCUCUCCUCAUAAACACUAACAGCAGGUCACUGACAUCAACGCUAUUUCAUUUGCACACAAAUAGCAGUCAAAGGUUUAAAUGAGACAUAUUUUCACCUGGUGAUUAAUUAAAUCGAUUCAUUUAUAAAUAUAUGUAU